GAUUUCAAGUCAUUACAGUUAUUAUUCCAGUUGUUCAUUACAUUACUUGAAUAUCAACAGUUUCGUUAAAAAUGAAGUCAACUUUAUUUUUCGGUUUAAUUGCUCUUGCAAUCUCAAGCUCAUUCGCUGUUAAAAUCAAAGGUUCAUGUCCGAAUCCAGUACAACCCAAAGUUGAUGAUUGGUCCUUUUCAUAUUUUAUAAGAGAAUGGACUGUUUAUGGUCGAAGUGAAGAAACUGUCCCAAGAACUGUGUACAAUACUCUUGAGAUUAGGCACCUUUAUCCUGGAAAGAUUGCCGUUAUUGAGCAAGGCAAUACUCGAGAUAUUGAGGUUGUGUCAGUUUUCGACUUGUAUAUCGAUAUGACUGUUGGUGAUUUUGAUGGCGAGGAAUAUUAUUAUGUCCAAACAGCUGUAUAUGAGCCUUACACAUUUAACUUCACAACCCCAGAUGGUCACCGAGGUCAGUUUUGGAUGCCUUAUUAUGCGAACACUAAAUAUCAAGAAGCCCUCUUAGCAAGUUGUGUUAAAAUUGAUGAAUCAACUUUUGAUAUUAAAACAUGGUUUGUUUCGACGUCUGGAAACGUUGGAGCUCCACAACAAGUUUUGGAUUUGGUUAAAUCAUUGACUGGGCAAGAAUUGAUUGAUGUCUGCCAAGGAGAUUUUUGUUAAUCAAUAUGUGAUAUUGAGUUAUCAUACAGGAUGAAUAUUAAAUUGAAUAAGAAUAUUAAAUAAUUUUUCAGAAGAAAAUUUUCUGUUAACUAA